CCUAACGGUACGGAGACCCGAGUCCUACACAACACAACGACGACUUGGCAAAAGUCGUGAGGCUGAGUCGCUUGACGAGUCACACUCGCUCUCGGACUCGCUGACUGAACCACUUCAUGUAUUUGUAUAUAAAUCAAAUCAGCUAGCCCCUGAGUUUUUAAAAACACAACUCACAAAAAUAUUCAUUGAUUUUCUUGGUCCAUUUUAUCAAGUUCCUCCAAAUCCAAUAGUUGUUUUUCUUUUUCAGUCGACAAAAUCUUAUUUGUCUUAUUUAUUCCAAUAAAAUCCUUUCAGUUCAAUCUCGAAAUUCCAGCAGAAGACAUAAAGAGUAAAAAAUGAAGAUAAUUGUGGUGAAAUUAGAGUUCGCUGACGAGAAAAUCAAUCAAAAGGCCAUGAAAACGGUCUCCGGUCUCUCAGGUGUACAGUCCAUUACAAUUGGACCGAAGGUCAAAAGGUUGACCGUUACUGGAGACGUUGACCCAGUGGAUGUAGUGGAAAAGUUGAGGAAACUUUGUCACACAGAUUUAGUGUCUGUUGGGCCAGCAAAAAAGCCUGAAAAAGAAAAAGAGAAGCCCAAAACUGAAGAUGAAAAGAAGAAAAACAGCCCAAAAUUGGAUCCGGCCCAAUUUCUGAAGGCUUAUCAAGCACACUAUCAAGCCCCGCCGCAAUACUAUCGUCAGUAUCAGUCGUACUAUAAAAGUGUCGAGGAGGAUCCAAAUGGUUGCGCCAUUUGCUGAAUACAAAAUGUCUCUUGUAAAACGAAAUAUUUGCUGCAUUUGUCAUAUAGAAAAAAAUUAAAUCAUAAUAUAAAAGUAUUUUAAGUGUCAUAACAUAAAUUAAAUCUGUAUUUUCCCUGGUCACAUGAUUCAAUUUGCAAAAGGGAUACAUAUUCCCAUAUUUAAUUGCCAAGUAGUGAUUAUUCUCGC